AUGGCGUCUGAAGCCAGUACAGAGCCCGGUGGUACCAAAUCCAAGCAGGAACGGAUUCGCGACAAUCAACGACGCAGCCGCGCUCGACGUCAAGAGUACCUGGCUGGGCUGGAAAGACGGGUGAAGGAAUGUCAGGUGUCGUGUCGUGACGCUGACCUGCAGCGUGCAGCAUAUGCCGACCUUCAAGUCGAGAACGCCCGUCUGCGAGACCUAUUGCAUUAUGUUGGUAUCAGCCCUGAUGUCGUCGAGAACUUCGGUCGCCACGGCGUGCAAGCACUACCCAACAAUGCUGCAGCGCUUGCAGCUCGCCAGAUCAAGCCCAGAUAUUACCAGCCCAACGCCCUACGCACCGGCGAUAUGCAUGAUGUUGACAUGACCAAACAGGGAUCGAAUUGUGGUCCCACUGUCCCUGCUGCUCCAGCAUCGCUUUGUACCCCGACAUCAGCCAUGCCGCCGGAAUCUCUACAAGUCUGCGACAGCCAGCAAUGUCCAACUUUCGUGGCCACUUCCGGGCCCCCUGCGACGGGCCUACCUGAGCUCGCCUCAAUAUCCCCACUCAGUUUGUACGAAUGGAUGCAUCGCCCUGACAGUCAGGACACCCCUGCGUACUCCCCCGAGACUUUCUGUUGCGAUGCCUUCGGGAUUCCGCCAAACGGACGACUUCUAUCAGAGAGUACAGACACCGUGCAAUGUUUGGUCGCCAAAGGGAUGAUCGAGCAGUACGAUCCGACCCCUGUCGAGAUGGAAGAGAUCGCGGCGCGACUUGCCACGGCUUUCUGCCCUCCUAGAUCUGGGGAAUUGGGCUGUCGAGUCAACACCCAGCUUUUGCUUCAAGUAUUGCAAGAGAUGGACGCUAGGCCAAAAUGCGACUGA